AUGUAUGAUGAGAAAUGCAAUUCUCAAAUUUAUCAUCUUGAUCAAGGUCUUGUUUUUCGAUGCCACAUUCUUUACUAUAAACAAAUUUCUUCAAAUAAUCUUCUUUGUGAUAAAGAUAGAAUUAUUUUUAAUUUUCAUCAUGUUUUAUUUGAUUUCCCAUCAAUGAAAAUAUUUCUUCAUGAUCUCAAUCAAGCAUAUAUGACAAACCAACUACCUAUCAAUCAUAAUACUGAUCUACGUUAUCUUGAUUAUGCUCUUAUUGAACAACAAAUGCCGAUGACUAGUGCAAAUCUUUCAUGUGAUUUUCUUAACUAUGCAUUAACAAACAAUAUAGAACUUCAACAUCUAGCACUUGCCGCUUAUUAUAUGUUCUUAUUUAAGUUAACUAAUGGAGAAAGAGAUAUAUGUAUUGGAAUGAAUACACAUACUCGAUAUAAAUAUGAAUUCAAAUCAAUCAUUGGAUUAUAUGAAAAUCUUAUUCCAUUGCGAUGUCAAUUAGAUCGUGAUGAUUCAUUUCGUCAACUAGUUGAAUAUGUUCAAGAAAUGGCAACAAAUUGUAUGAAAUAUUCAUAUUUUCCUCUUCAACAUAUUCUUGCACAACAUUCUGAUUGUUGA